GCCGUCUCCGGCUCGGAGAGCAAUUACAAAGAAAAUGACCGUGUUCCAGCGCCCAGGGUGAAGACAUCACAAAAAAGAUGCUGUUUCUGCUGCAAGCCUUUCGGAUCGCGGGGAGAACGGGGGCAACAGCGACUCCAGCGUCAAAUAUGAAUUGUAGCCGAGCCGGGAUGUUCCCGAUCGCCUUCAGUGUUGGCCUCCAGCUCUUUCUGUGCUAUGUGUUGGCUGAAUCCACCCUAUUGGACAACGCGUUCCCAUUACAAACAGCACUGGGGCCUGUGGAACACAAAAAGAGAAGCACUAACAAGUGUUGUCUGCUGACCCCUCCACCACCCCCGAUGUUUCCACCACCUAUCUUCAUGGAAAGCAAAAGUCUUCAAGAAGAAAUAAAUUUGAAGAAUUUACCAUUGGAAAUAAAGACAACUGAGUCUUCAUGUAAAGUAUCAGUUGGACCUCCUGGACCACCAGGCCCCCAGGGUCCACCCGGAAUUCCAGGGAUUAGGGGACCAAAAGGUGAGAAUGGAGAAAUUGGAAGGCCCGGAAGAAAAGGGAGAGCAGGGUUACCAGGCCACCAUGGACUGCCAGGGCCUGCAGGCUCACCAGGACCAAUUGGGCCCAAGGGUGAAAUGGGUGAUCAAGGAUUAAUGGGAUUGCCAGGUGCAAGAGGACCAAUGGGCCCUAAGGGUAUGAUGGGGCAUAAAGGUGAAAAGGGGAUAAGAGGUGAAAAGGGUCAGCAAGGAAUCAAAGGAGAAAUGGGUGUUAUGGGUCUUCCUGGAAUGCUCGGACAGAAAGGUGAAAUGGGUCCAAAGGGAGAAUCUGGAGCCCCUGGACACAGAGGACCUGUUGGCAGACCUGGAAAGAGAGGAAAAUCUGGACUAAAAGGGGAAAUGGGUCCAGCUGGAAUGAUGGGACCUUCAGGCCCACCAGGACCAUCUGGUCGUCCUGGUCCACCUGGGAUAUCGACAUCAGGUCGCUUAAUUGUUGGACCAAAAGGUGAAAGAGGACUCCCAGGGCCAGUAGGAAGAUGUUACUGUAAUCUCCCUCACACCGUAAGCAAUCCAUCAUAUAGUGGACUCCCACCUUUGAUCAACUCUGCACAAGUACCAGUAAUAUUUGUUGUAGACAAUGAAGAAGAGCUGGAAAAGCUGAACACUGCAAAUGCACUAGCUUUCCGGAAAGAUCAAAGGUCACUGUACUUUAAAGACACUGGUGGAUGGCUGCCAAUUCAGGUCUCCCCUGCACAGCUCACACCUUCUUCACCACAUUCAGCAGGGUUUUGCGGAGAUGGAAUAGUUCAGGAGGAAAAUGGGGAAGAGUGUGAUGAUGGAAACAAGAUUAUCACCGAUAGCUGUAUAAAUUGUAAGCAAGCCUACUGUGGAGACGGAUACUUAUGGAAGGGAUUUGAAGAAUGCGAUGGUAAAGAUUUUGGUUACCAAACCUGUAAAACCUAUCUUCCAGGGUCUUACGGGGAACUGAAAUGUACUUCAUAUUGUUACAUUGACUCCACAAGCUGUCGGUAUUUUACAUGAGACUAUAAAAAGUGGCUGCUGGGACAUGUCUCACUGAAACAAAUUCAUCUGGUGCUAUCACGGAACCACAGAUUUGGGCUGCACAUACACUUCCAUUGUUCAAUAUAACUAUAACCAGCAGCUGGAAGACUUUUAGAUAGCUGGGAUUCAUUUCAAGUGAUUAUCUGGAAUGACAAUUUCGACCAUUGCAUUUUGUCUUAAAAUAAAGUCAAUGCCGACAACAAAGGUAUGAAAAGGAUGCAGAGAUAGUCAGAGCUGCCGAUGCUGGCGAAUCUGAAAUAACGAGGUGUAGAGCUGGAUGAACACAGCAGGCCAAGCAGCAUCAGAGAAGCAGGAAGGUCUUUUUGGUCCUCUGAUGCUGCUUGGCCUGCUGUGUUCAUCCAGCUCUACACCUUUGUCAUCUACAAAAAGGAUGCAAUUUGCUUUCCACCGAGACUUUCAAAGUGUACAUAUGUACAUAUAUACAUACAUAUUACACACAUAUGUGUAUAUAUAUAUGUAUAUAUACAUAUAUAUUACAAAGCCAUGUCUAAAGACUGCUCAUCCUCGUUUGACAAUUCUCAGGCAGAAAUAUCAAAGAUGUGAUAUUGUUCCACUAGCGACUGGAGUCAAAACUGCCAUACCUCGACUGUGCACUGUUACUGACUACUGUAGUUUUAUACCUGGACAUACUCAAGGAUGCUACUGGCUGAAUUCUUGGUGCCAUAUUGACAGAGUGAAAACAGGAAAUGUCAAAGGAGUUCAUUUGCUGAAAUGUGAUGUACUAUUUUUUGCAUUUGCAUGAAUAUUAUGCACAAAGAUGUGAACUACGAAAAUCACUCUUCCAUGUCUUGAUUACUCUUGGCUCAAACAGCUAUUACACUAUAGGGUGUCAUGUUCUUAAGAGAUAUAUAUAUAGAGAGAUGCAUAUACCAUCUUACUUAUGUCUGAUAUUUGGAUAUGUUUCCUUACAAACAGUGGAUAAUGCUGGAAAUCUACCAAAUAAGUAAAUGGUUGCCAGCUGAAUCUGGGCUACGACAUACUACAUAGAAAAGAUUUGAUGUUUGGGUAAAUGUAAGUGGUGACAAAUGUAGCAAAGGAUACAUGGCUUCUUUUUGCUUCUCUGAGAACUUUUUGUUUUGAAUACAAAUAAUGUUCUACUGAAUAUGUAAUUUCAUUCUGAAAAUGCUCCAUGUCAGAGUGUAGCUUUCACCUAUCAACUGUACUGAUGGUUUGUGAGAGUGUGUUGGAGUCAAACUGACACAGAAGGAAGACAUUGGGUCCAUUGUGUUUGGGCUAGAGCAAUCCAGUCAAUCUCAUUUCCCUACUCUGUUCCUGUGAACAGUAAACUCUGUGAGUUUAUUUCUCUGUAGUAUCCACCCUGUAAUCUAAUUGACAGUAAGUUGCAGCGAUGUGUAAAAUGGUUCUUCCUCAAAUAUGCUGCAUCACCUGCCCCAAAACCUUCAACUUGUGCCACUUAGUCCUUGUCCCAUUCACUAAUGUGAGCUGCUUUUCUUUGUCUACCUUAUCUAUACCUAACCCUAACCUUGUACACUUCUAAUCUUGUUCCUCCUCCUCAAUCUCAUUUGCUGCAAGCCUCUCCAGCCAGACCUGGUAGCCUGUAUCCAUGGAAUCAGUCUGAUAAACCUCUGGACCAUCUUAAGGACCCUCAUAUCCUAGCGUGCUGACCAAAACUGGAGACAGUACUCUAGUAUACAGCAUGUUGGCUGUAGUUGCAAGAAGAAUGAUGCACAAACAGACCCUUUCUCCCUAUUGCCAUUUUCAUUCUUCCUACAGUAAAACUUAGUUUAAAAAAUACAUUUUACGUUUGACAUGGUACAUCGUCUUGCAUUUGGAGCUGGAUCUGACACCUUCCCUGUGUCCUCCCUUGCCACCACUUUCCCCAACACACUCUCUCUCUGUCUCUCUCUCUCUCUCUGGCUCUCUCUCUCUCUCUCUCUCUCACACACACACACACACACACACACACACAGUGGCAGCACAUAAAUGGCUGAGUACAUAAAGUGCAUGAGCUAUAGAUAUCACAAGCAAUAAACUGGCAAUAGGUAGGUAUCAGUCUGCCACUGGAAAUGUAUAUAGUAAGAUGGUCAUUGUCGUUAAAAUAUGAUUGUUUUAUCCUCUAACUUUCACAAGAAUUGUCACUGUAAUAUUCAUAAC